AGUGACGUUUCAAGGUGAAUACCAGAGGCUCUAUUGUGUGAACCAGGGUUUUUUGCAGCUCUGUAUACAUCUUGCGGUUGAACCUGUCGGUGCAGCGCGUUUGCCAGCUGUUUGUUUUGCAAUAGCUUAUGUGAAAAGUGACAGAUAAUUGCGAGUGGCAGACUUUGACAAGGAAAUCGGAUCUCAGGCUUUAUCUGACUGAUGCAUGGUCAAAUGGCAGAAACUACAAAAGAAGAAGUAGAUAGUGGAAAUGAGGUUAAUGACCCAUCAGAAUGGGUUGAGGAUGCAACCAAGGGUUCGAAAAAUGGUGAAAGACAGAUGGAAAGUCCAGUCAAAGAGAAGAGUCUUGGAUUUAGGAUGUCGUUCAGAGAAAGUUUGAAAGCGGUCAGUAAAAAGAGCCCUAUUGUAUUUAAAAACAAAAGGUCAAAGAACACAGAUGACCAAAGCUCAAAUUCUCCAUUACGACCACCGCACUCUCCAAGUUUGAGCAGAGGAUCUCCCUCACAAUCUUCAUUUCAGAGUCCAAAGGCAGAAAAGGCUUCUCUUGCCAGAACUAUGUCAGAUUCUGCAGUUGAAAUAACAGGUUCAUUGGCAAGGAGAGGGGCAUCGAUCCGGCAGAGUUUGGGUCUGGGUACUAAAAAACACAAACAAGAACCACUUGAACCUGUCACAGAGGCCAUGACUCCAUCUGAAGAGCAGACAGAGGUCAUAGAUACAGUGUUGGAGCUCAGAGAUACAUAUACUCUGCCAGAGAUACCACCUGUGCCUUUGUCAGUAAUGGAGAUUAACAUACUGAUAGAUAUGGAAGUUUUAGAGAAGGCCUACGUGAAUCUACUGUCACUAUGCCUGGAGUUUCAGAAGGAGCAUCAAGCUCUGGAUCAAGAAGACUAUCCCAUCGAACUAGUCAAUAAAGAGAAAGAUCUCAGUCUGCUCUAUGGCACAUUAAGGAACAAAAUGUUUGUCAUUGUACGCAACUCCAGUGCUCUUCCCCCACGCAAUAAAGAGCAGCUGGUGUAUGUAGCACACAUUAUCCUGGAGGAAGAGAAGAGACAGGGAGAGCCAGGAGCGAUGCAGGGAUUGAGGGAAGCAUGGAGGGAUGCGGUACUAAACGGGGUUCAAGAUACACUGAAGAAAGUUCAUCUGGACAGCCUUGAGCAGAACGCUUCCUGCCUGGCAGUGCAUCUGGGGCUUCUGGGUAAAGCUGUGGUGGAGGAUUUGGAGAGAGUGAAGACUGAGCUUCAGAGCUCAUAUCCAGAAGAUUUUAAUGUGUUUGAAACCUAUGUGUUCUGCUAUCACGAGGCUGUCGGAGAGCAUCUAAAGAGACUUCUGGAAAAGGUGACAGAGCUGAAAGAUUACUAUGCUCUUCUAGAGUUCAUUAUUCAUCGCUACCCCAGUGAGAAGGUAAUGGGAAGCAGCUCUCUGCAGCCUGAGUUGAAGGAAGAUCAGAGAGUGUUGACACUGGACAACGAUUUCCUUAAUCAGAUAAAAGACAAAUACUGUGCUUGCUUACAGGCUGACAUGAAAACAUCACUCAACAUAAUUAUUGAGUUGGAGAAUGAGGAAAUGUGGAGAGAAAAGAGAAAACCAGUGAUUGAUGAGGGAAUAUACCGCUCACACAUUGACAUGGACAUCUGGACUAAUAUUAAAGGGCAUGUACAAGGAUCCAGAAGAAUCGAUGUGAACCUUGAGCAGAAGGUUGUGCGUUCCUGUUUGGAGGAACUGAAGACCUUUCCAAAACGGUUUGAAUCAGCGUUUGUUAAGUGGGGCAGUCCUCUGUCUAACUCCUCUCUCUGGGCAGAGUAUCACAUCAGCUACAUCAACAGCUUUAGUGCCCUGAAAGAGCACAUGGAGAGCUAUCAAGACACCUGCCCGAUUCAGCUAGGGCUGGUUCAAAACGAAAUAGAUGGACUGACCACCAGAUUGAGUCAAGCUGUGAUGGAGGACUUCAAAACAGAUGUUAAGCCUUUCCUCAGGAGACAAAUGACAGGGAAAUGGUUUUCAUUUGAUGAAGACUUUUCAAAGCUGAUCAGCAGAACUGAGACUCUUUCUGAUCAAAGCAAGUACAUGACCCCAAAACAUAAACAGGUGAGAGUGCCAACCAGUUUGCUUCAUUAAUAUACACAUACAUUAAUGUAACCAUUCUACUACAACUUGAGAGACUGUUCCCUCCUGUUGGAAUGACCUGCCAAACUCAUUCCAAGCAGCUGAGUCCUUAAUCAUUUUCAAGAAACGGCUAAAAAUACUUCUCUUUCAUCUUUA